CUUGCCUCUGCUGCAGCCCCCCGCGGGCUCCGGGCCCCGACACCCGCGCGCUCCGCACCAUGGAGGUUCCGGGAAGCCUGUGCAAGAAAGUCAAGUUGGGCAACAACGCGCAGAACUGGGGCAUGCAGCGGGCCACUAACGUCACCUACCAAGCCCACCACGUCAGCAGGAACAAGCGAGGCCAGGUGGUCGGCACCCGGGGCGGCUUCCGAGGCUGCACGGUUUGGCUAACAGGUUUGUCUGGCGCAGGGAAGACCACGGUAAGCAUGGCACUGGAGGAGUACCUGGUGUGCCACGGCAUCCCGUGCUACACCCUGGAUGGUGACAAUAUCCGCCAGGGCCUCAACAAGAACCUCGGCUUCAGCCCCGAGGACAGAGAAGAGAACGUCCGCCGUAUCGCUGAGGUUGCCAAGCUGUUUGCAGACGCGGGCCUGGUGUGCAUCACAAGUUUCAUUUCUCCCUAUGCGCAGGAUCGCAACAAUGCGAGGCAGAUCCACGAGGGUGCAAGCUUACCCUUUUUUGAAGUGUUUGUUGAUGCCCCCCUGCACGUGUGUGAACAGAGAGAUGUCAAAGGGCUCUACAAGAAAGCCCGGGCCGGAGAAAUCAAAGGUUUCACCGGGAUCGAUUCCGAGUAUGAAAAACCCGAGGCCCCGGAAUUGGUGCUGAAAACAGACUCCUGCGACGUCAAUGACUGUGUCCAGCAGGUCGUGGAGCUUCUGCAGGAGCGGGAUAUUGUACCCGUGGAUGCCUCUUACGAAGUCAAGGAGCUGUAUGUGCCAGAGAAUAAACUUCACUUGGCGAAGACAGAUGCAGAAACCUUACCAGCACUGAACAUUAGUAAAGUGGACAUGCAGUGGGUCCAGGUUCUGGCUGAAGGUUGGGCCACCCCGCUGAAUGGCUUCAUGAGGGAGCGGGAGUACUUGCAGUGCCUUCACUUCGACUGUCUUCUGGAUGGGGGUGUCAUUAACUUGUCGGUGCCCAUCGUUCUCACGGCCACUUGUGAAGACAAAGAGCGACUGGAUGGCUGCACGGCCUUCGCCCUGGUCUACGAGGGCCGCCGCGUGGCCAUUCUCCGCAACCCGGAGUUCUUCGAGCACCGGAAGGAGGAGCGUUGCGCCCGGCAGUGGGGGACCACCUGCAAGAGUCACCCCUACAUCAAGAUGGUCAUGGAGCAAGGUGACUGGCUGAUCGGGGGAGACCUUCAGGUCUUAGACCGGAUUUAUUGGAAUGACGGCCUUGACCAGUAUCGCCUUACCCCCACGGAACUGAAGCAGAAGUUUAAGGAUAUGAAUGCUGAUGCCGUGUUCGCCUUUCAGCUCCGCAACCCGGUGCACAAUGGGCACGCGCUGCUCAUGCAGGACACGCAGAAGCAGCUCCUGGAGCGCGGCUACCGGCGCCCCGUGCUGCUGCUGCACCCGCUUGGGGGCUGGACCAAGGACGACGACGUCCCCUUGCUGUGGCGCAUGAAGCAGCAUGCGGCCGUGCUGGAUGAGGGCGUCCUGGACCCCGACUCAACUGUGGUGGCCAUCUUCCCGUCCCCCAUGAUGUAUGCCGGGCCCACCGAGGUCCAGUGGCACUGCCGAGCACGGAUGGUCGCAGGAGCCAAUUUCUACAUUGUUGGACGGGAUCCGGCUGGUAUGCCUCAUCCGGAUACCGGGAAGGAUCUCUAUGAGCCCUCUCACGGCGCCAAAGUGCUGACGAUGGCCCCUGGCCUCAUCACCCUGGAGAUCGUUCCCUUCCGAGUAGCAGCUUACAACAAGAAAAAGAAGCGCAUGGACUACUACGACUCCGAACACCAUGAAGACUUUGAGUUUAUUUCUGGAACACGGAUGCGCAAGCUUGCCCGAGAGGGGCAGAAACCUCCAGAAGGUUUCAUGGCACCCAAGGCCUGGACGGUGCUGGUGGAAUACUACAAGUCUCUGGAGAAGGCCUAAGCCGGGGACCCCAGCAGCUGCCACGUCACUGAGACCUGGAAGGACCAUGGGCCGCCAUUGGCAUCUCUUUGUGGUGGCCUCCAUCUGUACACUCACCCCAAAAAACAGACCCGUUUCCUUAACUAGCACAGUUUGGUCUGCCUUAUGAAUUCUUUGGAACUUGUGUAACACUCUGUUGGUUUUAAUGUAUCUUUUCCACUUACUUAGUUAAUAUUCCUACAACGCAAUUUUAAAAUCUUGUCUUUUUUAUAUUGUAUUUAUGCUUCUGUCUCAUAAUUUUUUCAAACUUUUUUCUUAGUAUAGUAUAAUUAAUAGUAUAAACAGUGAGUCUCACUAUUGCUUCUUGGUUAAAAAAAAGGGCUGAAAUCCACUAAACAAGAAACAUGGCGAAAUGGCAGGAAUUGUACAUCUGUAGCGAUUAGAUUUUGUUUUUCUACAUUGAAACUACAAACUCUCUUCUUCCUUGCAACCAGCUAGUGAUCUCUCAGCUGUUAUAAUCUAAAGUAUCCUGAUGAUCUGUUUAAGCCCUGAAUGAACUUUAUUCAAUAAAAAUAAUUUUUUGGUCUUCGUA